AUCCACUGUUUGUUUACCUCUGCAGACGAAACUCCGGAGGAACACGCACGCCAGAAAAUCUGAGUUAUAUAAAACUAUAAAUCGUUGCUGUUGCCAUCUCCCUCAACUUCAGUAACCGUCAGACUGGAGGAGAAGAGAGAGACGGUUGUCCACGGCCCGAGUAUGGCUAGUGGCAUGAUUUUGGCAGGCCUAGGCCUGGCCACCUUGGGCUUUGGCGCACGUUUUGUUCUUCGCACAAUGCCUAACUUGGGAAAGAAGAUGGCAGAUGCAGUAACCAACAUGUCAUCUUUUUCAUUUCAGGGUCUGGCUAACAGUCGAUAUUACAAAGGAGGAUUUGAACCCAAGAUGACAAAGAGAGAAGCUGCUCUAAUUUUAAACAUUUCGCCUAAUGCCAGUCAGCAGAAAGUUAGAAUGGCUUACAAGAAGAUGAUGCUGACAAACCACCCAGACAGAGGAGGCUCUCCAUACAUUUCAGCCAAGCUCAGCGAAGCAAAAGAUCUAUUGGACAAGUAAAUACACACACCAGAAUGCAAACUUUGCCUUCCCUCAAACCUAAAAGUUUACUCAUAAACCUGUUGUUGCAUUGGAUUUCACUAGUACAAAACCAAGGUACUUGGAUAAGGGGGGAGGUGUGAUUAUUUCAUAGUGACUGGCAGUUAUACAGAGUUUGUAUUUCUGAGGUUAUGUUAUACUGAUGGCAAUGAUAUAUGUGGAAAUAUAAUUGAUAAUGUCAAGUGACUGAUUAUAUCAUAAAAAUUAGAUCAUGUUCAUUCAAUCAGUCAAGUGUGCUGUGAUUCUACAUACAGUCUUGCUACAUUGUAAAGAUAAUAUUCUCAUAGAUUAUGGUUGAAGAUAAAAUGUUUCAUAAUAUGACCUGAAUCUACAGUAAUCUGUAUGUUAUUAGCACAUGCUGAAGAUAGAUGAAAUGUUGAAAUUGAAAUAUUGAUGUUAUAAGUAUUGGAAUGUAGUUCCAGAUAUUUAUUGUAUGCAAUGGGUAAAUGAUUAUUAAAGGGGUAAAAUAUCUUGAUAUUACAUUUCACUUUUAUGUUAAAAUGUAAUUGUAAAUAUAUUUUUAGAUAUAUUUA